ACCAGCUGCGCCGACUCAGUGUCUCUUCACCUCAACACACGCACACACACAAUUACACACRAACCAGUCGGUCACGGUGGUCCAAACAGGGACACGUCAAGAGGCUUCCGAGGAGUUUCACGAAGAAAAUUAUGGGGAUUCACUGAAGACAUUACAACUUUCCUGAGUAGGCAGCAGUCAGGCUCAAGGAACCGAGAAGUAAGAACUUAUUAGACGGACACCAUGAACUACGUGGGGCAAUUGGCUGGUCAAGUUCUCGUAACGGUCAAAGAACUGUAUAAAGGCAUCAAUCAGGCCACGCUGUCGGGCUGUAUUGAUGUCGUUGUUGUCCGCCAGAGAGAUGGGACCUACCAAUGUUCGCCGUUCCACGUGCGCUUCGGCAAGCUGGGUGUCCUGCGCUCUAAAGAGAAAGUAAUUGAUAUUGAAGUGAAUGGUGAUCCUGUGGACCUGCAUAUGAAACUCGGUGACAACGGAGAGGCAUUUUUUGUCCAGGAAGCCGAAGAAGAAAAUCAGAUUAUUCCUGCCCACUUGGCCACAUCCCCAAUACCCACCGAGAGUCACCUGUUCUGGAUCUCGGCGGUUGAGAAYCGGGCACCUAAAGACCCAAUUGAUGACGAUCCUCUCGACCAAGAAGACCCACCUGACCCCCCUGCUCCCAGUGCCACUGCCACAAAAAAGAAAAAAAGACGAAGAAAGAAGCACAAAGGAGACCCUCGCAGAGAAGAGCUGACCCCACCGGUGUCUUCUGGUAAUUCUGUCGCUGCUACAACUGCUGCUGUGCUGGGCACUGGACAAAACGAAGAGAUUUUUGAGAUGGAUCUCAGCUCUGAUGAAGAAUCCGCACCACAUGUAUCGAGRUCACCUUCAACUUCAACAAUCCGUGACAUUGACCCCAAACUACCUACAGUCAGACAUAAUCUGGAAGGUUACCCACUGUCUGACAGUGAAUGGCCAUCAGGUGACGGUCAUAGCUUGUCUCAGGCCUUUUCCCCAAAGAGUGACUCUGAACUGGUGAUGAAGUCUUCAGAGAGUUUGCUGAGGGCUGAGUCCCAUAUGCAAUGGACCUGGGGGGAGUUUCCAGAAACAACCAGGGUCACACGCAAAGAAAAACCUGAACCAAUAAAGACGGUGACCAUCACCCCAUCAGAAAGCACCCACUUCCGCGUCAUCCUCAGCUCGGAGGCUAUGGCGAAUGAAACGGAGACUGAAAAGGAAGAUGGAGGCCCCUCAGUGUGUACCAUAGUCAAGCCUGAGCCACGUACCCCUGUCACCACCGUAACACCUGACAGCCUAUCAAGCAUCAGCACCGUGACRUCUGAGAGUCCUUUAACCCCAACAGAACCUCAUGAUGUCCUUCCAUCCAACGUGACCACCUCCACCCCUUCAAACAGCCAACAUACCGAUUCACCCUCCAAGAAGAAAGGAGUCCCAAAGAGGAGUCAGCAUCAGGGUCCAGAGGACAUCUACCUAGAUGACCUAAAUGUCCUUGAACCCGAUGUAGCUGCAAGAUAUUUUCCCAAGAGUGAGUCUGAAGCAACGGCAAAGCACUGGAUCGACUCAGAGAUGCAUUCUGGUUCCCAGUCUCCACAGUCCGUGGGUAGUGCAGCUGCUGACAGCGGGACAGAAUGUCUUUCUGACUCGGCCAGUGACCUCCCUGAUGUCACUCUUUCUCUGUGCGGAGGUCUCACAGAAAAUGCUGAAAUAUCCAAAGAAAAAUUUAUGGAACAUAUCAUCACAUAUCAUGAAUUUGCUGAAAAUCCAGCAAUCAUAGACAACCCUAACUUGGUUGUAAAGAUAGGAAAUAGGUAUUAUAACUGGACACUAGCUGCACCCUUGAUUCUAAGUCUACAGGCAUUUCAGAAGAAUUUACCAAAGGCUACAGAGGAGGCUUGGAUGAAGGAGAAAAUGCCAAAGAAAUCAGGUCGCUGGUGGUUCUGGCGAAAAAGAGCAGACAGUUCAGUCAAACAGUCUGAAACGAAGCUUGAAACCAAGGAGUCUCAGCUAGAGGAAGGAGAACCCUCUAUUUCUCACGAGAAAUUGGCUUUACCGCCGAAAGCAGGAGACACCUCGAGUGAUGAGGAAUCCAAGGAGGUCAGUGCUGCGUCCUGCCAAGAGAGGCUACAGCCAGCAGAAGGACAUCAUUCCAYCCCCCACACUUACAGGAAGUCACUACGUCUUUCCUCAGAUCAGAUAGCUAGUUUGAAACUAAAGGAGGGACCAAAUGACGUGACAUUUAGCAUUACCACUCAGUACCAAGGCACAUGCCGUUGUGAGGGGACCAUCUACCUGUGGAACUGGGAUGACAAAGUCAUCAUCUCUGACAUUGAUGGUACCAUCACCAAAUCAGACGUGUUUGGACAGAUUCUCCCACAGCUGGGGAAAGACUGGACCCACCAGGGCAUUGCCAAGCUGUACCACUCCGUGGCCGAGAAUGGCUACAAAUUCUUGUACUGCUCAGCUCGGGCUAUCGGCAUGGCCGACAUGACGAGAGGCUACCUGCAGUGGGUCAACGAUGGAGGCAUCAUCCUGCCACGAGGACCGCUCAUGCUGUCUCCCAGCAGCCUCUUCUCUGCAUUCCACAGGGAGGUCAUCGAGAAAAAACCAGAGAUCUUCAAGAUCGAAUGCCUUACAGACAUCAAGAACCUGUUUCAGAAUAACAAGCAGCCUUUCUACGCUGCCUUUGGGAAUCGAGCUAAUGAUGUUUUUGCCUAUAAGGAGGUUGGAGUCCCGCUGUGUCGGAUCUUCACAGUUAACCCCAAAGGAGAGCUGAUCCAGGAGCAGACCAAGGGCAACAAGUCAUCCUACGGCAGACUUAGUGAGCUGGUGGAGCACGUUUUCCCUCUGCUGAGUAAAGAGCAGAACGAAGCCUUCGUGAUGCCCGAAUUUAGCUCCUUCUGUUAUUGGAGACAGCCGCUACCAGAAAUCAACCUCGACGAGCCRCUCUAACCGCUGCRCAGACUCUCACCCAGCCAUUCAUCUGUGCGGGACAAGGCGUAAACACACGUGGAGUGGAUCCAAUAGCACUUAGGCACACACAGCUCGCUCUACGAUUACCAGAGAAAGCAGGGUUAAGACGAAACUUAAAACAUAACUUGAAAACUGUAUUUAUUUUUAACGAGUGGAGAUUAACAUCAGCUGAAACUUCAACCACUGGAAAGCGGACUAAUCGCUCACUGGUGCCAGGUCGCUCUGCUCGACGACCGGCCUGUAGUUGAGUUGUGCAGGGAUAGCAAUCUAAAAUAAAUAUUUUUUCAAACGGGAUACUUUUAGUAACUCAGAAGGCACUCGGUUUCCUAAUUUCAUUUCAUUUUACGCAUUUCUUAAUUAUACGGUGUGAGAGGAGUUUGGCRUAGUGAGACCUGACAAAAAAAGUGAACACAGAUUGUAACAGCUGACAYUGAUGUCAGAUUUCCCCCRACSGUGAUGCUCAAACUCAUUGSUUUGCAGGAGCCUACUGUAGCAACGCUGCUUGAAGUUCAGUUUUUCUGACACUCUUYACUCACACCGCACAUUUCUAUUGGCUUCUUCUAAAGGUCAUGAACUACGUGCGCAGUGAGUUAUGUUUGAUAUUGUUUGUAAUCGAGGUAAAAACUCCGAGUAUGCCAAGAAUGUAUGGAUCCGCACUUAGUUGUGGCAAAAUGAAGCAGCUUCAUGGUUUAUUGUCCAGCGGUUGUUGUGAAAUGUUUGUUCUGUUGUACAAGCUUUGCAGACUUUGUGUUCUGUUAACAACAGUAAUUAUUUAAAAUUAAUAUAUUAAGUUAUUGAUUUCUGUUGUAAUUCCAUUGCUUGUCAGGAAAAAAAAAGUAAUUUAUCUCCAGUGUAAUGAGAAAAAGCUUAAAAUGGUAUUUUGUGUGGUUGGCCACAAAUUCUUGCGCGCUUAACCAGAGCUGCUCAGCUUCGUGUCCGAUCUCUCUUCAGUCAUGUCUCCCACAGCAAGCUGUUUAUUUUAUUUAAUGGUGGAGCUCUCGACAUGUAAGGCACAUAAAGAUUCCUWGCAAACCUCAAAGUCCACAGCUUUAGUAUUAAUACAUGUAAAUAUAAGCGAUGACGCUCAAGUUGCGACAGCGAAGAYGGGRCAGAUCCAAAAGCAGCUUAAAAAUUAGGGAUUUCCGUUUGAAAGCUUCUUCUAUGAAAGAUUAUAGGAUGUUGGUGUGUGUGCGUGUGUGUAUGUGUGCUUACCUAAAUCACUGAGUGCUGCUGGUGGGGUGGCAGUAUCCUGCACUCCUUCUUUAUUCUCCCUCAGUGGCUUUUCCGAGACUUGUCCAAUGCACUUUGUCUAAGCUGCAGACUUAAACACUCGCAUCUAACCAACAUGCAUUUCAUAGGAGGUAACCUAAAGUAUGCCAUUAUUACAAAAUGAAGAGUUCUAGUUUUGUCUUUAACAUCUAUCAGUUUUAUUUCAAAUAUAAUGAUUUGAAGAAGUGUUUUGACAGUGGAGGGUUUUCUUGUUUUGCAAGUCAAAACUGGGAGUGAAAUCUUAAAACAAACGUAAGACUGUCAUUCCGACCCCCCCCCCCCUGUAGCUUCAUUAUGCGUGUGUAAUUGUGCAUGUUUAUUUGUAUGACGGAUAAUAUGAGAACCGAUGGAGUUUCUUUGAUGAACAGAGGAAGAGACGUUAGUUCUAGUUUGGACAUAAACAGGAAAUACUUGACUUAACUCUUCCUUGGCUUUAUGUGUGAUUUAGAAGAACAUGAUUUAAUGACCAGGAUCAUAUCUUUCUCCUGAGUACAACAUAGGAUGUGCUUUAGAGAACUGACGGAGUUUGAACAAACGGAACCAGAUUACGUGGAUGGGACAAAAAAAAAGAAGAAAAUAAAAGCACAACGUAAAAGCUAUAGCUACAUCUAGUUUCUCUUAGUUCGAGUAAUGUUGCUCUGAUGUUUUGUGAUAUAUGAUGUGUGUUUUUUGAUUCCUUAGCGUCUUCUCUACAAAGUUUGAAGUUAGAUACGUUUAUCUUAGAAUUAACAAAAGGAAUUUCAUUCUUUCUAUGAAAGUAAAGCAUCUUGUGUGAAAGAAUCACACUUCAUCCUCUAUGAUUCCAGGAUAUAUAGUAUAAAAUGCUCUCACUCACUGCUGUGAAAAAGGAUCCGGUGUUUAUGCUGAUCAUCACGUUUUUCUGUCUCAAUGCCUUUUUUUGUUCAUGUGAUUUCUUACAAACGAAUAUCAUAAUUUGUUUUGUUUGGAUGUAACGCUUGAUCUUUGAUUGUUUCUGACAAAUAUAAACACCUUAUAUGUAUGCUGUGUUUGAUUUGUAUAGAGAUGUGGUUUAAAGUAUGUUUGAAGAAACAAAUCUCUGGUAAGAAGAAGAAAAACACAGGCCUGACRAAAUUAGCAAUAUGUGGCUUGUGGUCUUAUUUGUAUUAAAUAUCUAACUAAAUCCA